CUCCAAGGUCACUCUGUCCGCGAGUUUUGUGGCGUCCGGUUGACUUUUCCGUUAUUCGCUGCGUCGCUCGUUCUCCCGUUCGUUUUUGUAUUUCCAUUUCCUCCACGUUUUUGGCGUCGUACGUGUACGUGUCCCGCUCUCUCACCUCUCUCUCUCGCGCGCGCGGGCUCUCGCGCUUGUCAAGUGUGUGUUGUUGGUAUGUGUGUGUGAGCAGCGCAGCGCAAUAGAAAACAUUAGUGAAUUUUUUUCGGGUGAAGCGCGGUGAAAAAUGCGUGCGCGCGUGUGUGUGCGUGUGCGAAAAUCAAUAUGAAAACAUGAAUAACAUAAGCUAAAGAAAACACAGCAACACAAAAGAAAAAGAAAUAAAAAAAAAAGGAAGAAUAAAACAGUAAGCCAUUCCAGUGAGUGCACAUACAGCACCAGCGAUUUCCAGAGAGAUCCCCCUCCCCCACACAUCUAGGCAGAAAUCCAGGUUCCAGUUUCCAGGAUGUCGCUGCAAACGAAAAGGCAGCACUGCUACUUGUGCGACCUGCCCCGAAUGCCGUGGGCGAUGAUCAAUGACUUUUCAGAGGCAGUAUGCCGCGGUUGCGUCAAUUACGAGGGCGCCGAUCGCAUCGAGGCGGUGCUGGACGCCGCCCGCCAAAUGAAGCGUCUCCAUCCCGCCAGCAAACAGCAGCGUUCGCACGAGAACGGCGAAGUGGCCGCCGCCGCAGCCGUGGUGCUCCAGCAGCAGCAGCAGCAGCAACAACAACAACAACAGUUACAAGUGGGCCCGGUUCCGGGACCAGGACCGGGCUCCCAUCGCGGCGGUGGUCCGCCCGGCGGUGGCGGUCCGGGCCCAUCGGGUGCGGGCGGACCGGGGCCACUAUCACUCGGCUCGGCCGUGGCCGCCGCAGCAGCUGCCGCCGCCCAUCAUCAUCAUCAGAUGCCCUAUCAAAUGCCCGUGCCGCGCAUCGGGCCGCCCCUGGACUAUCCCGUUAAGCUGGAAGAUGCUCCCGGCGGCGGUGUGCGUCCGGUGAGGAUUUCACAUAUGACGCCCCACCACCUGCCGCCAAAUGCAACGCGUGGCGUGGGCGGAGGCGGCCCUGGAGGGGGCGUGCCCACAGCCGGAAGCGGCCAAGGGAGCAAUCUACCGCCCGCCCUGUCCGUCAAUCUUAAGCGACCGCCCAGCGAGGACGUCGACGUGGAUGUGGCCCAGCAGCAGCAGUCGUCGCACGGUCUCGCACCCGAUGGCGGAGCAGCGCCCCUGUCUGGCGCCGGGGCUGGCGGUCCGCCCGGGGUCAAGCGCAGCGCCAUGGACGAUCCCACGGGCGGCGCCGGUAGACCGCCGUUGACCCGAGGCGAGUCCCUGCCCGCAGCGGUCAGUUAUGUUCCCGAGCGGCAGCUGAGCGGGCUGAGGGAUAAAAAUCAGCCUGUCAGAGCGCCCAGCUUCGAUGCAUCGACCUUCAAAGCAGAGCACAUGUCCCCGGCCAGUCGACGCAAUGGAUCGAGUCCGCCCUCGGGACCGCUGCCACCGCGCAGCGUACACUCGCCGAACAGUUCGGGUUCCUCGUCGGGACGUCGUUCAUCGGGGUCUCGGCACGUGUCCAGCACCACCGUCACCAGCUCCGAGGUGGGCGGCUCGAAUCCGGGCCAGGCGGUGGUGGCCGGCGGCCUUGGAGGUGGAGGGCCUGGCGGAGCCACUGCCGCCGGUGGACCCCUUGGCGGCCCCAGCGGCAACGGCGGUCAGCUGAGUUGCACCAGCGGCGGACCGGGCGGCAAUGCCGGCUCCGGAAGCGGAGGCAAUGGAGCCAUAGGUCCCGCCUCGAUGGCGCCAAAUUCGGUGGCCGGCGAUGGAAGUCCGGCCGGCGGUAGCGGUCCAUCCGGCAGCAAUGGCAGCGGCGGAGCCGUGAAUCCCGGUCCCGGGAGUAGCGGUAGUCAGGGCGGCGUCGGUACACCUUUGGCCAGCGGCGGUGGCGGUUCGGCGGGCGGCGGUGGCGGUCUCAGCGGAGCUCCGGGCAGCAGUGCCGCCUCAAAUUCAGCAGCGGCAGCGGCGGCGGCGGCCGCCCAGAAUGCCACGCUCAAGUGCACCCUGUGCCAGGAGCGAUUGGAGGACACGCACUUCGUGCAAUGCCCCUCGGUGAACCACCACAAGUUCUGCUUCCCCUGCAGCCGCGAGAGCAUCAAACGGCAGAAUGGUCUCGGCAACGAGGUGUACUGUCCCAGCGGCGAUCGCUGUCCGCUGGCCAACUCGGUGAUACCGUGGGCCUUCAUGCAGGGCGAGAUCACCACCAUCCUGGGCGAGGAGGUUAAGGUGAAGAAGGAGCGCGAGUCUUAAUGUCCAUUUUACUGUAAGAAGCUGCGCAGGGCUUUGGAGCACUUUUGAGAUGUGAGAUGUGAGAUGUGAACACCCUACUUCCCCCCUGGAUAAUAUCUCGCGUCCAACCCUCUCGACACUCUCUGUUGGAUCACUGGUUUAAGAUUUGGGGGAUUUAAAGGAGCAACUGACAUUUUUUUGGCCACGGCGGCGGCGGCGGCAUCUCAGCAGCAGUAGCAGACAUAAAUAUAAUGCUCUGUCUUUGUCCAUGACGACCGACCAAACAACAGCAACAACACAACACAACAGCAACAACAACAACAACAACAACAACAGCAACAACAACAACAACAACAGCAACAGCAAAAGCAAAACCACAAUUUUGUAGGCGUAAGCAAAAAUAUGAAACCACUUAAAUGAAAAUGCAAUUUGUUACCAGCAAAAACAAAACGAGAUGUUAGGGAGAAAAAAGAAAAAAAAAAAGAAAAGAAAAACACCAAAACGCUCGCAAAUGAGAAAAA